GAUGUCCCGCCUGGUACCGAGGCGGGACGAGUGUCGUCAAUUAAUUGCAGUCGGUCAUCCACACCUCCUCGUCAAUUAAUAGAUAUUAUAUUAAUUGUUAGUUGAUUUUUUAAUCAUAGCCGUUAACAUGAUCAUGUGGUUAGGGAGGACCAAGUGAGAUGUAACGACAACAAACAUUUGAUUAGACAGUGGCAGGCCUAUGGUGUAGGGGUAAGUUGAGCUUGUAAUGGGUUUUAGAGGAGAGAGAGAGCUGGUUGCCCGGUUGCACUUCCUUACUACUUAUCUUCUCUUGUAAAAGAAAACCCAUAAUCGUUAGGUAUCAUAUUUCAAAGAGAAAAUAAAAAAUUUCAUGUUAGUGGAAGAUCAAGGCAUGUGCAGUCGUUAUCGUUGGAAUCGUAAACCAUUUGUGUAAGAUCUUGACGAGGUGGAUGUGAUGAAACGAAAGCGAGGUGGAGCGUCGAAGAAGGUUGAGUCUCAGGGGGGGGGGGGGGGGGGUGAUGUCGUGGAUUUCGUGACUGGAAGAUUGAAUGAAAUUAAAAAGGAAAGUGCCAAACUAGAGGCCAUGUUGAGAGAUCAAAGAAUACAAGAGAAUAAAAAGAUGGAACUUGUUGGGAAGUGGGAGUCCGGUAUGAAUGUUGCUUCCACAAGUAAAUCAAGAAAGCGGAAAGAGGUGCCAUCUUCAGAUUCAGAUGAGGCGGAGGAAGAUGAGGAUGUUGAAGAGUGUAAUGAAGAAGAUGGUGCGUUAGAGGUUGAGUCCAAAGAGCUUGUGACUCAACCUCUAAUAUAGGCAGCCUAAUGCAAGUGGGAUUGAUGGGGUGUAUUGCACAAACCAUAUUCUAUAUAUAUUUGACCUCCGUUCAUGCACCACUCGUCAAAUACACCUCUUUGCCUAUAAUUCUGCAGUAAAGUGUGUUCUCUGUAACAAGGACACUGUUGUCAUAGGAUAUAAAACUGAAGUGAUCAGUAACACAACUAACAGGGUCCAGAUGGGAGAGGACCAUGUGGUCAUUGUCCCAAUGAGAACACUGACUCCAAUAAAAUAUUACAAGUUGCUGAUUCAGCGAAAUAGUAUCUACAACACAUGGAUUUCUAGUGUAAGGUACCUCAACGGUAAAGUAUACGCUGUAAAUGAGGUCGGACUCUAUGUCUUGUAUGAGGAUGUGACCUACACUCAACACGACGAUGAAAACUGGACAGUGACAGAUGAGCACGUAAGCAAAUGUGACAGAUUUGAAGGUGAACUCCUAUUCUCACCAAACAUUUCAUCAAAUGAUACUGAUGUUAUUGUGACAUCAGCGAACGAUCGAACGUUUUGGUGUUGCGCAUGAAUUUACCGCAGCCUAUUGGCCCAAGUCUACAAGUACCAAUUUGAUCUCAGUAGACUUAUAAGCACUAAUUUAUAUCUAAAUUAUUAUGAUCAUAUGCCAUGUUUUAUGUUAAUCAGACUCCCUUAUAUAUUCAUUACUUUGUUAUUGUCAAAA